CAAACAGUGAAGUAACGCUUCUUCCCGUUCCUCGAGACACAGCAGCGGCAAUGACUGAAGAGCGUAGGUAUUCAUGCGAAACCGCUGUCGAUACUCUGGCAUGGAUUAACGACAUCAUCCAUUUCCUCACUCCUUACUUCUCCUCUUUCAUCAACCCUCACGUCGUCAAUUUCUUCAAGGAUCAACUAUGGGAGAAUGUUAAUGCAGAAUGGAUCGAUUGUCUCCGAAGAGAACCGGUGCAAAAUCUUCUUUUAAUACCUUCUGGAGUAGUGAAGGAUCACUGGCCGGCUUCUCUGAAGGAGUACAUCCUAAAAUUGAGGUCUAUGGUAUUUUGUCAAGAACAAGCAGAUAUAAACAUGGCAUUACCUGGUCUGCAGAUGACUUCUCUUAACAGAGUUAUUGCCCAGGGCAUGAAUGGGAAGAAAAGACAUGAAGUAGAAGCUCUUUCUGCUGUUGUAAGUACAGUUGCAGAGAGUGUGAGAGCUCAUGCCAUUGUUGAUGUUGGUGCUGGUCAGGGUUAUCUUGCACAAGUACUUGCCUUUCAAUAUCAGCAUCCUGUCAUUGCCAUUGAUGCAUGUUCUCACCAUGGGAUGGUCACUGAUGCACGGGCAGAGCGGAUUAAGAAGCACUACACAUCACAGAUGGUAAAAUCUGGAUCAGGUAUCAAGAAUUUGAAUGUGCCAAAGACAAUCACAUGCCGUGUGUUGUCCAUUGAAUCUUUGAAAGCUUUGGUUGAAACAUCUGUGCCUAGAUAUGAUCUUGACCAAUCCAUGUUAAAGGGAGAAAAUCAAGAAGAUAAAGGGAAACUAAAUUGUCCCGGUGGCGGUGACGCAAACAACAGAUCUCCAACUGUCCUUGCUGGGCUUCAUGCUUGCGGUGACCUUUCAGUGAUAAUGCUGAAGACUUUCUUAGACUGCAGAGAUGUUAAAGCUGUUGUUAGCAUUGGUUGUUGUUACAAUCUACUAUCUGAAGAAAGCAUUGGCGAUGGUGAAUCUCAAUGUGGAUUUCCAAUGAGUCGUGCUUUGAGAUCCGCUGGCUUAUCACUUGGAAAAAGUGCACGUGAUCUUGCUUGCCAGAGUGCAGAGAGAUGGAGGAACCUUGACAUGCAUGCUGGCAUUCACAACUUUGAAUUACAUGCUUUUCGUGCUGCUUUUCAGAUGGUUCUUUCUAAAUAUUAUCCGGAAGUUGCGACGAGUACUCCUUCAAUUGGGCGUAAAGGAAAGGCUCUACGCAGGCGAAACCAAAGGAGAUCUGCAAAGUCCGAGCUGCACCUUAAAGGAAGUACUUGCCACGUAAAACAAAAUUUCUGUGCUGUAGUGCCUGCCGAAUCAAAAACUGAAGGUAUCUCCGGCUCUGCAUCAGAAACACAAACCUUAUCUGGUGAAAUUUCUUCCAAUGAAAGGGCUGAAUGUGAAGGGAUUAAAAUUGAUAGCAAAUCCUCAAAUUUUGAAAGUUUCUGCCAGUCUGGACUGUCUCAUCUUGGAAUUAAAAAUUCACAUGAUGUAAACCUGCAAGGCAUAUGGAAGGAAGCAGAACCAUUUGCUGACCUUAUAGGACCAUAUUGGUCUCUCAGAGCUGCUUUAGGGCCUCUUUUGGAAACUCUUAUUUUGCUUGAUAGGUUAUUGUUUCUUCAAGAGCAAGGAAGUGCAUUGGAAGCGUACCUGUUACCAAUAUUUGACCCAAAUAUAUCUCCCAGAAAUGUGGCUAUAAUUGCAAAGAAGAUUGACAAAGAUUUAAGAUCCUUCUGAGGCUUAAAGGUGAAGAAGGUAAAUUCAUUUAGAACAAGGUCACAGUGCUGCUGCCAUGAUUCAAUACUCCAUUUUCUUGCUAGAGUUCAGUUGAUUCUCAAGUUCGUCUUGGGUGAAGGUUAGAUUCAUAGGGGACAAGGCUGCAACUGCAACCGCUAUGGUGCUGUCAUCAUUCAAUCCCACUGCUUUCCUUUCUUGUUGGAAAAAGGGUGUUACUCAACUCAGGUUCCAGUUGAUUUCACAUCAUUCGACGUUACUUGGCAACCAUUAUUAUUCAUAUAAAAUAAAACUCCAAAAAUAGCUGACCGGGCAAUUAACUAAAUUGAUGCAUGCUUAUAGAGUAGUUAAGCCAGUUUUAUAUAAUUAUUAAGCUACCAGAGUCUUUGUAUGUUAUCGUUUUUUCCGUUGCCUUUCCUUUGUUUGUGGGCAUAGGAUUUUGGAUCGAAUUUUUUGCAGGGCAUGAGAUUGAGAACCCAAAAUACCAUUUCUAUUUCUUGUUCAA